AUGGAUCUAAUACUGGAAGCGCGGGAACUGGGUUGCUGGGCCGCCGAGGAGAUGGGGGCGCCUACGACGGCCCGGGCCUCGGAGACGACGCUGCGCAGGCUGUGUCUGGCCCAGGGAGCAGACAUCUGGGCAUACAUCGUCCGGCAUGUGCACAGCCAGAGGAGUGUCAAGAAAGUCCAGGGAAACCUGCUCUGGUAUGGCCACAUACCUGAAGAUAGUCGAGAGGCCCAUCGGAAGUUGGAGUUAGAAGCCACCAUAGCCCGUCUUCGAGCAGAGAUCCAGGAGUUAGACCGGAGCCUGGAGCAGCUGGAGCAAGACACUGAGGCUCAGGACACAGCCAUGGAGCAGGCCGUGCAGAGCAUGCAAAGCAACCAGCGCCGUGCUCUCCUCCUGCGCGCCCACGCGGGAGCCAUACAAAGACAGCAGCGUGGGCUCCAGGCUUCCACACAGCGGCUGCAGAACCAGCUCAGGCGCCUGCAGGAUACAGAGAGGAAAGCCAAAGUAGAUGUGACCUUUGAACCUCUGGCGUCAUCCACCCUGGGUCUGGAGCCUGUGGUUCUGCGUGAUGUCCGAACAGCCUGCACCCUCCGGACCCAGUUCUUAAAGAAGCUUCUGAUCCCACGGGCCAAGGGAGGCAGCGUCCUGACCUCUCAUGAUGACCACUUUGGAACUUCCUACCAGCAGUGGAUUAAUUCGGUGGAGGCACUACUGGCAGACCACCCUCCCGGCCAUGUCCUGGCUGCUUUGCAGCACCUGGCUGCGGAGCGGGAGGCAGAGAUUCGGUCCAUGGGCUGUGGGGAUGAGCUCCAAGACGCAGAGAUCCCCAGACCCCAAGCCCUGGACCAGCCAGACUCCAGCCAGGCCCUGCCAUCCACAGUCCAUCUUAUCCAGGAGGGCUGGCGGGCUGUGAGUGUACUGCUCACCCAGAGGGGCCCCCUCCUGAAGGAGCAUCAAGGCCUGACUCGGCGUCUCCAAGGCCUAAUGGAGGAGAUAGACAGAAGCACCCUCGGAUCCAAAGAGAGGCAGUCACUGUUGCUGGGACUGCAGGCCUGUGGGCUGUUGGCAGAGCUCAGAGCCCUGCAUGCCCAGGGCCAGGAGCUGGAGGAUGCUGCUGGGCAGCAGCAGCUUCAGCUGCGGGAGCUACAGGCCAAGCAACAGCGGAUCCUGCAGUGGCGCCAGCUCAUGGAGGAGACGCAGGAACAGGUCCGCCUGCUGAUCAAGGGAAACUCGGCCAGCAAGAGCCACCUUUGCCGGAGCCCUGGGGAGGUGCUGGCUCUGGUUCAGGGAAAGGUGGUCCCCACGUCUGAGAUGGUGGCCCCACAGAGCCAGAAACUGCUUCACUGUCUGGAGAAGGAGGCCCGGCAUCUGCCCUGCCUCCUGCUAGGCAGCCUGCUUCGGCACAUCCCUGGAGAGUUGAAGCCCCUGCCCACAGUGCUCCCAUCUGUCCACCAGCUGCACCCUGCAUCCCCGAGGGGCUCCCGCUUCAUAGCCCUGAGCCACACACUGGGGCUGCCCUCAGGGAAGGCCCCAGAGCUGCUCCUCCCAAAGGCUGCCUCUCUGCACCAAGACCUCCUGUUCCUCCAAGACCAGUGGAGUAUGCGGUGCUGGGACCUGCUCCAGAUGAAGACUGGUCUGCCUCCAGGACCCUCUGCCCAGGAGCUACUACAGAUCCAGGCGUCACAGGAAAAGGCGCAGAGGGAGAGCCUGGGCCAGGCUCUGAAUCAGCUGGUGAACUUGCUGAAACAGGCCCUGGAGCGAAUCCCUGCACUUCAGAGAGCUGUAGGAGACUGGUGGGAACAGCCAGGCCAGGGUGCCCUCUCGGAGGAGUACUGCCAGGGCCUGUCCCUGCCCGAGUGGCAGCUACGCUGGGUCCAAGCUCAGGAGGCCCUGCAGCAGCUGGGCCGGUGA